GCCCGGAUGUGGCUGAAAUAAAGUUUUGUUGAGAAAGCCGGCAAGAUGGCGGCGCCCAGGGAGUGAGGUGUCUACAAAAGAUGAUGGCUGUCCUACAGAAGCUGGGGCCUUGCUCUUCCUGCUUGAAAAAAACUUUUUGUGGCUGGACCAGUUCAAUCAAGCAGUAUGGGAGGCAAGUACUGGGACACAGCAGAAGCAUUUCCGGAGAGGCAGGACCUUGGGAAAGGGAGUAUAGAUCUGAAACGAGGAAACGUGUAGAAGAACACUGGCACACACGACUAAAGGAGCAAUUCCAGGUGAUCUCUGAAACGGAUAAAUCAAAGCCAAAAUAUUAUGUCCUUUCCAUGUUCCCAUACCCUUCUGGGAAACUCCACAUGGGCCAUGUUCGAGUCUACACAAUCAGUGACACAAUGGCCCACUUCCAGAGAAUGCGUGGAUUUCAGGUCUUGCACCCAAUGGGAUGGGAUGCAUUUGGUUUGCCUGCUGAAAAUGCUGCAAUUGAGCAUGGCCUGGAUCCAGAAGAAUGGACAAAAAGUAAUAUUGCACACAUGAGAGAACAGCUUCAUAGCCUUGGUCUGUGUUUUGACUGGAAGAAAGAGGUGACCACCUGUCAGCCUGAUUACUACAAGUGGACCCAAUUCCUCUUCCUCAAGUUGCAUGCGGCUGGCAUGGCGUACCAAAAGGAAGGACUGGUGAACUGGGACCCAGUGGAUCAGACGGUGCUAGCAGAUGAGCAAGUGGAUGAGAAUGGCUGUUCCUGGCGUUCUGGGGCUAAAGUUGAACAGAGGUACCUCAAGCAGUGGUUUAUUAAGACGACAAACUAUGCAAAGUACUUACUGGAUGCCCUGGAAGAUCUUCCUGAUUGGUGUGGUGUCAAAGAAAUGCAAGCAAACUGGAUUGGAUCUUGCACUGGAUGCUACUUUGACUUUGAGCUGAAGGUAAAUGGAAAACACGUUGGUGAAAAGCUCCCUGCAUAUGCCUGCAGCCCAGAUGCGGUUUAUGGUGCAUCCCAUCUUUCUAUCCUACCCAGCCACAGAUUGCUGCAUAGCAAUGGUCACCUGCAACACAUUCUUCAAAAGUGUUUUGUACCUGACAUAGACUGCCAGACCCCAGUGACGGGGGUAAACCUUUUAAAUGGCCAGGAGAUUCCUGUUGUCAUUUCAGCCAAGCAAGAGUUUGAAGGCCACUUAGACACAGUCCUAGCUAUUCCCAGCCUUAGUCCGGAAGAUGCAGCAGCUGCAGAAAAGUUGGGUCUGGAAUGGCGAGAGGUCUUUGAAACCCUGCCUGACGGCACGGAGCAGUUACAGAAUUGUGCUGAGUUCACAGGACUUGAUAGACGGUCUGCAACUCAGGCCAUCUUGAAACGUGCAAGAGACCUUGGAAUCGGUGGCUACCUCACAAGCCCAAAAAUGCGGGACUGGUUGAUAUCUCGGCAGCGUUACUGGGGCACUCCUAUUCCCAUCGUCCAUUGCCAGACUUGUGGCACCGUACCCGUCCCUUAUGAAGACCUGCCUGUGCUUUUACCCAAGAUUAAGUCGUUUACAGCUAAAGGGCUUUCCCCAUUAACUACAGCCUCCGAGUGGUUCAACUGUACCUGUCCUAAAUGUAAGGGCCCUGCCCAACGAGAGACUGAUACCAUGGAUACAUUUGUGGAUUCAGCUUGGUAUUACUACAGAUACACUGACUCUCAUAAUAGUGAAAAGCCCUUUGAUAAGGCGCCAGCGGACUUCUGGAUGCCUGUAGAUCUGUACAUCGGUGGGAAAGAGCAUGCUGUCAUGCAUCUGUACUAUGCAAGAUUUAUUAGUCAUUUCUGCAAUGAUCAAAACAUGGUGAAAUACAGGGAACCUUUCCGCAAGCUCCUGGUGCACGGACUUAUAAAGGGGAAAACAUUCCGAACCAUCUCAAGUGGCCAAUAUCUGAAGAAAGAGGAAAUAAGUUUCGGUGGCCCUGACCCACUGCACGCCAGGACCUCCGAGAAACUGCAGAUCACCUGGGAAAAAAUGAGCAAAUCCAAGCACAAUGGCAUUGACCCAGCAGAAAUGAUCCAGCAGUAUGGGAUUGACACUGUUCGCCUGUACAUCCUGUAUGCCGCCCCUCCUGAGCAGGAUAUCCUGUGGGACGUUAAAACGGAUGCCAUUCCAGGUGUAUUGAGGUGGCAAGUUCGGCUUUGGGCCCUGGUUACCAAGCUGAUUGACGCUCGGAACGCUGGAAUGAUGCCCAGUCCUGACCUGCUGAGCAAAAAGGAGAAAGAAGACGCCAAGAAAAUAUGGCAGAGCAAAAACUACACAGUAUCGCAGGUAACCAGUAACAUGACGGAGGAUUUCCUGUUGAAUGCUGCAAUCGCCCGGCUAAUGGGCCUCACAAACACUUUAUCACAAAGUUCUUCUCAAGUGAUACUGCACAGCACUGAGUAUGAAGAUGCCCUGGCUACCUUGUGUAUUAUGACUGCUCCCAUGGCUCCAUACCUAGCAUCAGAGUUGUGGAAAGGUCUCUCCAGUGUCCAGAAUAAGCUUACCGUUCACUAUCAGUGGGGUACAGAUGUGCUGUUUCAACAGUGGCCAAGCGUGGACCCAGUGUAUCUACAGCAGCCAGACAUUGUGCAGAUGAUUGUCAGGAUUAACAACAAGGUCUGUGGCUCAGUAAACUUGCCGCAACAAGUGGUCAAGAAUGCAGAGAGUGUGCAGGAGCUGAUUCUUCAAAGUGAACUGGGGAUCAGACAGCUCCGGGGACGAGCCAUCAAGAAAGCCAUCCUGUCUCCCAGGACCGCACUCAUCAAUUUCCUCGUGGAGGAAUAACAGAGCUGCUUACGUUUUUAAAACAUUGUGUGCCUUGGACUUAUGUUUCCUUCAAAGCGAAGCCCAUCAAUUCUCACCGUAAACUCAUUAUUUGAAGCAACGAAUGGAGCCCAAAAGCUGUGCCCUGGAACUCAGGGGAUGAUCAAAGCCAUGGCUCAGAUUUCGCAGUUAUUUUUUCCGGCUCUUUCCUCUAGCUUGUGAACCUACAGUCAGGGUUUGGCUGUGACAGUGCAGUGAAACUCUCUCGUGAUGAAAUGCUAUUGACAAUGGCAUUGAUCGGUCAAUCCUUUAGGCUAGAGUGAAGCACAAGUGAUGGAGAAUGGCCAACAGCAAUGAACAAGAGACUAAAAAAGCUAUUGAGUCAAGAAAUCAAAGCAUUUUGGCUCCAUCUUUAUAGUGCAAAAUUGGUGAUUGUUUCCAGGCCCACAUUCUGCAAAUUUGAUGUUCCAAUCACACUCAACUAUUUUGUAAAUUUAAUAAAUCUCAUUAAAUGUAA